CUCCAGUCCAGCCAACUCCAACCCAUUCCAGUCAAGUGCAGUGCAAUCCAGCCCAUUCAAGUAGAGUCCAGUCCAGUCCAGUCCAGUCCAGUCCAGUCCUGUUCAGUUCAGUCCAGACCAGUCCAGUCCAGUCCAGCCCAGUCCGGUCCAGUCCAGUUCAGACUAGUCCAGUCCAGUCCAGUCCAUUCGAGUGCAGUCCAGCAUAGUCCAGUCCAACCCAGUCAAGUCCAGUCUAAUCCAGUACAUUCCAGCCCAUUCCAGUCCAGUCCAGUCCAGGCCAGUCCAGUCGAGUCCAGUCCAGUCCAGUCCAGUCCCGUCCAGUCCAGUCCAGUCCAGUCCAGUAUAUUCCAAGAAGGUGCAGUCCAGUUUAGUCCAUCCAGUCCAGUCCAGUCCAAACAAGUCCAGUCCAGUACAGUGCACUCCAGUCCACUUCAGUCCAGUCCAGUCCAGUUUAGUCCAGUUCAGUUUAGUCCCGUCCAGUCCAGAGCAGUCCAGCCAAGUCCAAUCCAGUCCACUCCAGUCCAGGCCGGUCCAAUCCAACCCAUUCCAGUCCAGUCCAGUACAGUCCAGUCCAUUUCAUUCCAGUCGCAUUUAGUACAGUCAAGUCCAGUCCAGUCCAGUCCAGUCCUGUCCAGUCCAGUCCUGUCCUGUCCAGUCCAUUCCAGUCCAGCCCAGUCGAGUGCAGUCCAGUCCAGUCCAGUUAAGUCCAGUCCAGUCCAGUGCAGUGCAGUCCAAACCAGUCAUUUCCAGUCCAGUCCAGUCCAGUCCAGUCCAGUCCAGUCCAGUACAGUCCAUCCAGUUCCGUCCAGUCCAGUCCAUUCCAGUCUGGUCCAGUCCAGUCCAGUCCAGUCCAGUCUGGUGCAGUCCAGUCCAGUCAAGUCCAGUACUGUCGAGUCCAGUCGAGUGCAAUCCACUCCUGUCCAGUUUAGUCCAGUCCAGCACAAUGCAGUCUAG